GACCAAGACCACGACCACGACCAAGACGAUCGAGCAGGAGAUAUCUCCGCCGGGACAGGCAGCACCCGCACAGACAGCAGCGCAAUGGCCGACGUUACUGCAAACGGCAUCGCCGCCACCACCACCAGCGACAGCAGCGCCCCUGCUCCCCGCGAGAAAAGAUCGGGAUCGAAGCGCAACCGCUCCCAGAGCCCCCAACCCGAGCCCAGAGAGGGCCAGUGCAGCUUCUGGGUCAAGAAAAAGAGAAGAUACUGCAAUCUCGGAGUCCGGCCUGGAGACCGAUGGUGCGGCGAGCAUGCUCCCCAAGACAAAACCAAGAAAGUCCAUCGAGUGCCGUGCCCAUAUGACGGCAAGCACACCAUCCUCAACUCUCAGCUCGAGGCGCAUAUGAAACGUUGCAACUCGAGGCCCAAGCCACGGCCGUCCUGCUUCCGCGAGAAUUACAACGUUGGACUGGGCCUCCCAGAAGCAAACGACAGCGACAAGACGGCCCGCGAUCUGAUGAUGGAGAUGUCCAAGGAAGAAUUUGCCAAGCUCGUCGAGUUUGUCAACUCGGUGUAUGACAAGGUCGUUGGCACCGACUUUCCGACUGUCAUUCUGGACCACAAGGCCAUGGAUGCCCGAAGAAAGGAAACGCAUGACGGCAAGCAUGCCAUUCAGCAAGCCUCCUUGAUCGGACACAUGGAUCGCCUGGGGUUCUUGGAGCCCGAGACUGUCUUUGUCGAGUUCGGCUGCGGAAAAGGCGAGCUGUCCAACUAUGUCCACAUGGCCGUUGGCGAUCCGUCCUACUAUGUCUUGAUCGACCGCAAGAACUUUCGCAUGAAGUUCGAUCGAGUGCUGAAAACAAUGGUGUCGUCGUGGGAGCGCUAUGCGAUCGACAUCAAGGAUCUGGACCUGUCCAGGAUCGAGCUGCUCAAGAAUCACCGUGUUGUCGGCAUCUCCAAGCACCUCUGCGGAUCGGCCACGGACAUUACUUUGCGCUGUCUGACGCACUACCUGAGCGACGACUCGUCCGCCAAGCUCGAAGGCGUCACCAUUGCGCUGUGCUGCCACCAGAUCUGCAAGUAUCCCAUGUACUGCAACCACAGCUUCCUCAGCGAGCACGGCAUCACCGAAGAUGUCUUUGGAAAGAUGUGUGUCAUGAGCACGUGGGCUGUCUGUGGCCAGCGACCAGCCGACGACGAAGCCGGCGACGAUAGCAAAGGCAGCAAUGAGGGCCUUUCGCAUCAACAGGCAUCUCGGGAUACUCCCUCGGCCGAGAACCGAGACACGAGUGACAACGCCGACGAGGACCCGGACGAGGACGAUGAGGGAGAAGGAAUGAAUGAGCGGCACCAUCUCGAGGGCAUCCCGCUUGCGGAUUUCCAAGUCGAAGGCACCCACUGGUCAGGGCUUUCAUUCGAGGACCGUGAGCGCCUCGGCUAUCGAUGCAAGCGCAUCUUUGACGUCGGCCGCAAGCGAUACCUGGAAGCCAAUGGCUUCACCGUUCAGCUGCAAUACUAUGUCGAGUCCAAGACAUCGCUCGAGAACCUGGGCCUGUUUGCGACGUAUAACCCCGCCAAGUGAGAGUCGGAAGUGUCACACGACUCCGGCAGUGACACGGCUCCGGCAAGUGGCAGGGUCUUCUGGCGCCCCUACUCUGUCGCUAUGGAUAUGCGGCGAUGUCAUCAAUCGGAGGCCAUUUACUUGUCACCAUCGUUGGCAACGGCGGCUGACGACAACAGUGGCAGUGCGCUGGCACAAUGAAGCCUCCCAUUGACCGACACCACUCGCCCAUUGCUGCAUGUUCCCAGUCGCAAAAUAUGAGCGUCCCAGUUGCUUUCGAAGAAGUGUAUUCACACGUGCAUGAUAUGGC